GCUGUGCUCUAUCCAGUUCUUAUAAGACAUCCAUUGUUUGCCUGCUCAUGUUGACCAGACGCCAUCAUGAGCAGACACGCAGAGAACAUAACAAAUGACGAGGAGCUGAGGAUCGUGUUGGUGGGGAAGACUGGUGUUGGGAAGAGCACCACAGGAAACGCCAUCCUGGGAAAAAAACAUUUUAAAUCUAAGAGCAGUCCCAAGUCUGUAACUGUCAACUGUGACAAGGACAGAGCUAUGGUCGACGGACAGCAGGUUGUUGUCAUUGACACCCCAGGUCUGUUUGACACCAGGUCUAUUGAGGAACAAACACUAAAAGCCUUAAAUCUUUGCAUCAACUUCGCCUCACCAGGUCCUCACAUCUUCCUGGUGGUCAUUGCGCUGGGCAGGUUCACUAAUGAGGAAAAACAGGCAGUGCAGAAGAUUCAGGAAACCUUUGGUGAGGCUGCCAACAACUACAGCAUGGUUCUCUUCACCUAUGGUGACAAUCUUGACACUCCCAUCGAGGAGUACUUGUCUGAAAGUGAAGAACUUACAGAGCUGGUGAACAGGUGUAAUGGCGAGUACCACGUCUUCAACAACAAGCUGAAUGACUGUACUCAGGUCAGUGAGCUGCUGCUCAAGAUCAGAAACAUCGUGAAAAAGAACGGAGGAAGCCACUACACCUCUGAGAUGUUCCAGAAGGCUGAGAGGGCGAUCGAGGAGGAGAAACGACGCAUCCUGGAGGAAAAACAGGAGGAGAUACGUAAAGAGAAGGAGGAGAUGGAGAGGAAAAUUCAAGACGAAUAUGAGAGAAAGGAGAAAGAAUUAAAAAACCAAAUGGAGGCAGAGAGAAGAGAGCAGGAGGAGAAGAUAAAAAGGAUGAGGGAGGAAAUGGAAGCACAGAGAGAGAAGAUACAGAAGAAGCAUGAGAAAGAAGCCCGUGAAGUGGCUGAGAGAAAUGUUCGUAGGAAGAGGUUCUGUGUGAUCCUCGCCCCCUGUGACGUCAUCAUGAGCAGACACGCAGAGAACAUAACAAAUGACGAGGAGCUGAGGAUCGUGUUGGUGGGGAAGACUGGUGUUGGGAAGAGCACCACAGGAAACGCCAUCCUGGGAAAACAACAUUUUAAAUCUGAGCUCAGUCCCAAGUCUGUAACUGACUGCUGUGACAAGGACAGAGCUGUGGUCGACGGACAGCAGGUUGUUGUCAUUGACACCCCAGGUGUGUUUGACACCAGGUUAAGUGGGAAACAAACACUAAAAGCCUUAAAUCUUUGCAUCAACUUCGCCUCACCAGGUCCUCACAUCUUCCUGGUGAUCAUUGCGCUGGGCAGGUUCACUGAUGAGGAGAAACAGGCGGUGCAGAAGAUUCAGGAAACCUUUGGUGAGGCUGCCAACAAGUACAGCAUGGUUCUCUUCACCUAUGGUGACAAUCUUGACACUCCCAUCGAGGAGUACUUGUCUGAAAGUGAAGAACUUACAGAGCUGGUGAACAGGUGUAAUGGCGAGUACCACGUCUUCAACAACAAGCUGAAGGACUGUACUCAGGUCAGUGAGCUGCUGCUCAAGAUCAGAAACAUCGUGAUAAAGAACAGAGGAAGCCACUACACCUCUGAGAUGUUCCAGAAGGCUGAGAGGGUGAUCGAGGAGGAGAAACGACGCAUCCUGGAGGAAAAACAGGAGGAGAUACGUAAAGAGAAGGAGGAGAUGGAGAGGAAAAUUCAAGACGGAUAUGAGAGAAAGGAGAAAGAAUUAAAAAAACAAAUGGAGGCAGAGAGAGAUGAAGAGAAGAGAGCAGGAGAAAUGAAAUUUAACUGAAAUAGACAUGGGUCCUUGAAAUCGUUGAAAGUUUUUGCAUUUGAAAAAAAAAUCAAGGUCCUUGAGCCCUUGUGUUUUUGUUGUUGUUGUUGUAGUGCACCGCCCCCUCUGCCUGCCUUGAAGACAAUUUUGUCACGGUGGCCACUCGAGGUACUGCAACAGUUUUCCCAUUACAAUAGUAAAAGAGACGCCUGUAAAAGUGUCCACAGGACACCUCGAGACAUGGCCACAGGCAUGUAUAGAUCUUUAUAUUCUAUAUUUUUAAUUCAUGGAGUUUCAUAUUUGUAAAACCUUCCUAAAGGCCAUAAAAGCCCUCUCAUAGUGACGUCACAGCUGUGUACGAGCACAGUAAAGCGUGGUCAUGUGGCGUCUGGGAAACAUACAAUGUGAAAACUUGAUGAGAAAUGUGAAUAAAAGAAGGCAACGAGGGGUUUUGUUUUACAUUUCUUUUUUUUUAAUAUUAGGACAAAGCGCGAGUGGCCACCAUGACAAAAUAGUCUUCAAGGCAGAGGGGACGGAGAUCUAUCCAGUUCUUAUAAUACAUCCAUGGAUCAAAUGCGUAAGGGAUUACGGUGAGGGGUCGUGACGAUGGCAUUACUCAAUGUUUUUAUAAUUACUAGCGGUGCAUCCACCUUACCAGAGGGGGAGCUGCGGGUCUGAGAGCUGACGUGCCAAUUACGUCACUUCCAGGUAAUUUUCCAAUCACAAGACAGUCCGUGUCCAGCAGGUGUGGUUUUGGUCUGAAACAGCACGGCUGACGAGCCUGUCAGUGAUGAGACAUUUACAUCGGCUCGUUUGCAGCAACUAGGAGGGUGUGACCUUAAAAAUGACUUCAUGUUUGUAAGUACACCUCCAUAUCUCACAUAUAAGUGAGACAGGACCAUGCUAUGGCCUCUUUAAGUUGACAUAAAUCAUGACAGGAGCAAAUUUGUGUAAAAUGAAGUUACUAAUUGACAGCCUCAUCUGUGACACCAUCAUUUUUGAACUUUAAAUGAAUCAUUUCCCAAACAUGUUUUGGUAAAUCUUGACAAAGAAGGGAAGGAAAAUUCUGCAAAGUUACUUUGUGAAAUGGAUAAAUCAUAUUGUAUGGGUAUUUAAGGCUUAAUUACAAACAAAAACAAUAAAAACGUGUGUUCAUGUG